AUGCCGAACCUGUCCCUCUUCCAGAAGGGCGCCUGGGCCUCCGGAGGCUACUUGGCCAACGUCCAGGUGGACGGCUUCACCCUGCUGGGCGGCCAGCAGCAGUGGAUGUUGCGGAACUCCAACAUCUCUACGCCCGAUGCGGCUACCCUGGGCGGGCAAUGGAACGUGGUCUUAGUUGGAUGCACUGGCGCGCCGCGGGGCACGCUGCCCGCGGCGGGCUGGCAGGCGGCAAUCACCAACCUGGCGCAGACCCCGGUGAUCGCUGAGAAACCUUUCAUCUCCAUCGGCCCCACGGGCCUCUUCUUCCUGGAGAUUCCGGCGGUGCAGUUUCUGGCCGUGGGCCCCUCCCACGGCCCCGAGGCCAAGUCGGUGCCCUUCAGCGAGGUCUUCGUGGCCAGGUCUUCGGAGCCGGGGAUCAUCCAGAGCAAGCUGGACCUUGGGCUCCAUGUGGUGCUUUCUCCAGGAAUUUACGAGCUGUCAGCGCCGUUGACGCUGCGCACCUCGGGGCAGGUCUUGCUAGGGCUGGGCAUGGCCACCCUUGUCGCACCCAAAGACGGGCGGCCCUGUGUCUACGUUGCUGGCGCGGCAGCGGAUGUGCGCGUCGCCGGGCUGAUGCUGCAGGCAGCCGCGACCUCCGCCACGAAGACUCAGCCGAGCACGUUGCUGCAGUGGGGAGAGGCCUCCACACCAGCUUCCGACGCUUCAAAGCCAGGCUCUUGGAAACUGAUCGGACUUGUUACCCAGCGGCAAAGUCUCCUCAGCGUGCUGCGGCCUGGAGCGGAUCACUUCAGCUGCUGGAACUGGGCGAAGGCGUCUUAUCCGACAUCUUCGCUCGGGUGGGUGGUCCAGACACCGACCGGUCCAUAG